AUGCUAUUCGUUACGUUUGAUAAGAUGGGAUGGCAAUGGAAUGUAAUGCGUGACAGGAACGGGUUAUUUGCCACUGAACUUACAAUUUUUCAAUGCAAAGGAGGGGAUCUAUCUAUCUAUCUAUCUAUCUAUUUGUUCAUAUCUAUCUAUCUAUCUAUCUAUCUAUCUAUCUAUCUAUCUAUGCUUAUAUCUUUCAAUUCAUCUGAAAAUUAUAAAAUUUACCCAUCGCGCCCUAUCUAUCUAUCUCUAUCUAUCUAUCUAUCUAUCUAUCUAUCUAUCUAUCCAAGGUUAAUUUCAAAUUACAUCCAUUUUUUCUAUCUAUCUAUCUAUCUAUCUAUCUAUCUAUCUAUCUAUCUAUCUAUCUAUCUAUCUAAAAACAUCGAUGAAUAUACGACGUGUUGCCUGAAAGUUCGGGGUACUGUUCGUCCUAGCUUUUCUGUUCCCAGUAACCUAAUCCUAUCUAUCUAUCUAUCUAUCUAUCUAUCUAUCUAUCUAUCUAUCUAUGUAAUUUGUGCUCUAAUAUGUCUGACUCAUUCUGCACGCAUGCGUGAGUCAACGUCGCCCUCUAAAGAGUUGCUGCUUUCUCGCCUCGCUUUCUCUCUUCUCCGUGUUCCUCUCCGAUGGGAAGCAGUCAGGUUUUAUUGGAAUUUACCACCCUCUGCCAAAUAUUGCUAUCUAUCCUGCCUGCUUUUCAUCUGUUCCUUUAUCUAUCUAUCUAUCUAUCUAUCUAUCUAUCUGCCUGCCUGCCAUAUAGAUAGAUACAUCAAGGACUAUUUCUUUCUCAUUUCAUCUAUCUAUCUAUCUAUCUAUCUAUCUAUCUAUCUAUCUAUCUAUCUAUCUAUUCAGUCUGUUCCUUUCAGUCUAUUCCUAUCUAUCUAUCUAUCUAUCUAUCUAUCUAUCUAUCUAUCUAUCUCGAAAUUCGUCGGUUUUGUUUACCUAUCUAUCACUCUCUUUCAUUCUCUCCCCUUCAUUCUCCCUCUCUCUCACCCUAUCUCUCUCUUCUCUCUCUCUCUCUCUCUCUCUCUAUCUAUCUAUCUAUCUAUAUAUAUAUAUAUAUAUAUAUAUUUAUAG